AUGAACCAUAUCAUCCUCACUCAUUCUGAUCUAUUAACUACACUAGCCGAUGAAUUACCGUCUAAUAAGCAGCGCCAGUCACUAGUCCAAGGAUUGCUAAAUGCUUAUAAGCUAGAUGAGUUAUGCGAAGUCCUACCCAUCAUCCCUAUCCAAGACGCAUCAAUGGGGCAGUACCAUGACAAAGAUUUCAUAAACCAAUUACAACAACCUAGAGAUGACGUUGAUAAGCAAUUGGACAGUUAUGAAAAGGUUAGAAUGGCCGUGAGUGAAGAGUUUGAAGGUUGCAAUGAUACAGAAGAGGAGACUGUUGGUGAUGAUGAAAAAUUUGGUUUAUCAUUUGAUUGUUAUCCGUUUCCCUUUAUGCGUUACUACGUGAAUCUAAUUGCCGCUUCUACAAUUCAACUUGCAAAACGAGUUGUCAACUCCUGCAAAGAAGGAGGUAUUCCUGGUCAAAUCAUUGGCAUAAAUUGGUAUGGCGGGCGACAUCACUGUCAUCGCUCACGAUGUUCAGGAUUCUGUUACAUAAACGAUGUCGUUCUUGGAAUAUCCACCAUCCGCAAAAUGUGUCUGGGAGGAGUCUUUUAUCUUGACUUGGAUUUACAUAAUGGUGAUGGAGUAGCUGAAGCAUUUAAAUUUUCAAAAAAGGUUACAACGUGUUCAGUGCAUCGACAUGAUGUAGGAUUUUUCCCUGCUGGGUCAGGAAAAUUAGAAGAUUCAGUGUCAGGUAUGUAUAAUGUACCUACAAGACGAGGGUUGACCAAUGAAGUUAUGCAAUGGAUUCUCCAAAACAUUGUAUUCCAGUUGAUUGAUAAACAUCAGCCACAAUAUUUAGUGGUUCAAUUAGGAUGUGAUGGACUUUCUUCAGAUCCAAAUAAUGAAUGGAAUAUGACAAUUGAAGGGUAUGCGGAUGUAGUACAUUUAUUGAUUGAGUAUGUAGACAUACCAGUCAUUGUGCUAGGUGGGGGUGGUUAUAACCACACCGAAGUUGCCAAGUGUUGGACCUAUGUAACUGGCACUUUAUUGGGUUACAAAGCUGCUGACUUUGACGAAAUUCCUGACCAUAGGCUACUCGACAACUACGAGCACGAUGGUUAUAGAUUCUGGACCGAUUCCAACCUACAGCCAGGGAAAAUGAAGAAUGAGAAUACUUUGGAAAAUUUGCUCAGCUUGCAAGCACAUUUAUUGUCUCUAUAA